CAGCCUUCCAAGUUGGAUUGUGUCGCAAAAAUCAAAAACAUUAGAACAGUAAUCGUUUCGAAUGCCUCGCACUGGAUACAGUAUGAGUUCCCGGACGUGAUUGUUGAAGAGGCACUGAGGAAUAUCGAAGAGUAGGACAAUGAGCAGUAAAGGCUUACAUGAUUCCAAUAUCUACAAUGUAUAAGCAUGGGGUGGACAUAUGAUAUGAGGGUUUUGGCAAGUUCAGUGUCAGGUGUAUUUUACGACCCGUCGUUUUCCUUUAUACUCGUUUCUCUCCGAGUACUGACUUAAAUGCCGUACCCACUCGUAGAAUCACCUCGGUGUUUUCUCAAGGACAUCCAGCAUCCAUCAGAACAGAGGUUCCUGAUCAACUCACCAUGAUCACUGUCCCGUCUGCGAGUCAGUGGGGAUCCCCUACUGCAGGCAGGAGAGCAUUCCUCAUACAUGAUUUGAAUUCGUCUUCGCGCACGUUCCACCGUGUUGCAUUGGCACUUGCAGCCAAACGCGAGUCUUCGCUCAAGCUUCUUCACAGCCUGAGCGCUAAUCUAUUGUCUUCUUGGACAUGCUCUUAGGAAGCCUUCAAGCUGCUGAAUAUGAAGUAUUGUCAUCAGCCACGCAUUGGGCGCGCUCGUGGUAUUAUCGCUUCUCAAGUCCCUGCCAAAAACCAAGCCUACUCCGGUGGUCCUCAUCGAUCCAGCUCUGGAAAUAAUCGCAGAGCAGAUGGUGUAUUGGAAAACCAAAGUUUCCAACGAUAUCAGAACCGACUACACCGUA